AUGUGGAUCUAUGGAACUGUCACUCAAAGUCUUCUCAACAUGAUCCUCAAACCAGGUGCUACUGAUCAUACCGUAUGGACUGAUCUUGAAACUUUAUUCAUAGAAAACAAACAAACAAGAGAAAUUGAGCUUGAUCAAGAACUUCGAACCCUAACUCUAGGCGAUCUCUCCAUAUCUGAUUAUUGUGAAAGAAUGAAGGUGAUUUCAGAUUUACUCGUAAACAUAGGAUCAUCGGUGACUGAACAAACAUUGGUUACAUAUCUCAUUAAUGUCCUGUCACCAAAUUUUGACAACAUUGCUAUUGUCUUGCACCAUCAAGACCUGUUUCCAUCUCUUUUAAAAUGCAGGCCAAUUCUUACCUUGGAGGAGCGAACCAUGAGUCAUAAUCGAUCCACCCAACCUCUCCAUAUGGAUCAUGCAUCGUCACCUCAAGCUCUACAUGCUAGAAACCCCAACCCCUCCAACUCACACAACAGACCCUUCCCUCAAAACAACCGAGGUGGCAGUCGCCCUUCACAACCGUGUCGCGGUGGCUCCCACUCAACUGAUAACCGCCGCCCAUUCAGAACCACCACCACAAUACCAUUGCUGCCAUCGGGUUUUCCAUGGCCUCCAUACCCGGCCCCGUGGAAUCCCUACACCUGGUCAUAUCCUUCCUAG